CAGCUGGAGCCAGAGGAAGUGAGGCUGGGACCGAGCAGCUGCUGCGUGGGUCCAGCUAAGUGCAUGCAGCAGCAACUCCCUCACCCCGGAAAGAAGGCUCCUGCCCUGUGGACACCUAUAAUCAAAUGGGAUUCUGACACUUCAUGAAAUGUCAUUAUUUCGAGCAAUAAUGAACAGUGGCCUGUUUUGGAUUAGUUGAUGACCUUCAGGAGUGAUCCAAUGCUGUCUAUCACGGAGAAGCUGAAUGAAUAUACUCCAUUUGGAGUGAACAGCCCAGAUUGUUACUGAAUUUUCAAGAUGACAGAUCCAAUGAUGGAUUUUUUUGAUGAGGCCAAUCUUUUUGGUGAGACCUUAGAAGGUUUGUCAGAUGAUGCAUUUGUACAACCGGGACCUGUUUCGCUAGUUGAUGAACUGAACUUGGGUGCAGAGUUUGAGCCUUUACACAUAGACUCACUAAACCAUGUUCAAGGUACUCCAACACAUCAGAAAGUGACUGAUUUUGAACAAUUAAAUCAGUUUGAUUCAAUGAAAUUUCAUCAAGUUAAUCAAUCUUUUGGCAGCCCAGCUGAACAUGUAUUAUCUCCACACUCUCAGUUUAAUUGUUCUCCAAUCCACCCUCAAAACCAACCUAAUGGUUUGUUUCAAGAUGUAGCAGAUGGCAGUCCAAUGUGGGGGCAUCAGACAGCUACUAGUAUUUCUAAUCAAAAUGGAUCUCCUUUUCACCAAGGACAUUCACACACUAUGCAUCAAAAUAAAAGCUUUGUGUCACACCAUGAUUUUGCCUUAUUUCAGGCCAAUGAACAACAAACACAGUGUACUUCAUUAUGCUCCCAACAAAAUAGAAAUAAUCUUAACCCAGGGCAAAAUUCUCUUAGCCAGCCUAAAACUUUCAUAGAUGUUAAUGUUUCUGGUCCACACAGAGUCAAUGUUAACCAUCCAUCACAAAUAACUGAUACAUCUACUUCACAGCAGCCUUUGUCAAUGCAAUUUUCUCAAACGUCAAAUCCUUCAGUACACUUCCUCAAGUGUAGCAAUCAUCAGGAAGGAAAUUUUAAUGGACCUUCUCCAAAUAUGACUUCUUGUUCUGUCAGUAAUUCACAGCAGUUUUCUUCACAUUACUCCUUUUCAAAUAAUCAUGUAUCACCCAACAGUCUCCUUCAGUCAUCUGCAGUUCUUACACCCAGUCAUACCAGUCAGACACUAUCUGAUUUUACUGGAAGUAAUUCCUUUUCUCCUCAUAGGGGAAUCAAACAAGAUUCUGCUCAGCAUGUCCUAAACCCCAGUGCAUCACUGAAUUCAAAUAAUUUUCAAAUGUUGCAUUCAUCACAUCCUCAGGGUAAUUACAGCAAUUCAAAAUUAUCUCCUGUGCACAUGAACUUUCCAGAUCCUGUUGACUCAGGAACUCAAAUGGGUCAUUUCAAUGAUCAUGUAGAAACAAAUGGUUUUUCAUCUUUAGAAGAGAAUUUGCUUCAUCAAGUGGAAUCUCAUGCUGAGCCAUUCACAGGACUGGACCCAGAAGACCUUCUUCAGGAGGGUCUCCUUCCCCAAUUUGAUGAGUCAACAUUUGGACAAGAUAAUUCAAAUCAUGUCUUAGAUCAUGAUCUCGAUCGGCAGUUUACUUCACAUCUUGUAGCUCGGCCCACUGAUCUGGCUCAAACUCAGUUGCAAUAUCAGGCUCGGAGUUGGCAUUCAUCAUUUUCUAAUCAUCAGCAUUUACAUGACAGAAACCGUCUAUGUUUACAACGACAGCCUCCAUCUUCCAAGAAGAAUGAUGGUUCUGGGACAUAUACUAAGUUGCAGAAUACCCAGGUGAGGGCUAUGCCUGAGAAGAAACCAAGAAAAAAGAUGGAAUCAGAAAGCAAGCAAGAAAAGGCUAAUCGUAUAAUAUCAGAGGCCAUAGCAAGAGCAAAAGAGCGUGGUGAGCGCAAUAUUCCACGAGUAAUGAGCCCUGAAAACUUUCCUAGCGCCUCAGUGGAAGGAAAAGAGGAAAAAAAAGGGAGAAGGACAAAAUCUAAGCCAAAAGACAAAGACAACAAAAAACCAAAAACUUGUUCUAAACUGAAAGGGAGGACAAAAAUUGGCAAGCUUAUUAUUACAUUGAGUAAGAAACAAAAAAGAAAGAAUGAAUCUUCUGAUGAAAUAUCUGAUGCAGAGCAGAUGCCACAACAGACGUUCAAAGAUCAAGACUCUCAAAAAAGAAGAUCUAAUCGACAAAUUAAAAGAAAAAAAUAUGCAGAAGAUGCAGAAGGGAAACAAUCUGAAGAAGAAGCUAAAGGCUCUAUAAAAAUAAAAAAGAACUCAGCUCCUUUACCUGGUGAACAGCCUUUACAGUUAUUUGUGGAGAAUCCUAGUGAGGAAGAUGCUGCAAUUGUAGACAAAAUACUGUCUUCUAGAAUUAUAAAAAAGGAAAUACCAUCUGGAGUCAUAAUUGACACAGAAGAAUUUUUUGUGAAAUACAAAAAUUACUCUUAUCUUCACUGUGAAUGGGCGACAGAACAACAGCUUUUGAAAGAUAAAAGGAUACAGCAGAAAAUCAAACGAUUCAAAUUACGACAAGCACAGAGAGCACAUUUUUUGGCAGAUAUGGAAGAAGAGCCCUUUAACCCAGACUACGUUGAAGUAGACAGAGUACUAGAAGUUUCUUUUUGUGAAGAUAAAGAUACUGGUGAGUCUGUUAUUUACUACUUGGUAAAGUGGUGCUCAUUGCCAUAUGAAGAUAGUACCUGGGAAUUAAAAGAAGAUGUAGAUCUUACAAAAAUAGAAGAGUUUGAACAACUGCAAGCUUCAAGGCCUGACACAAGACGUCUGGACCGCCCUCCCUCUAAUAUUUGGAAGAAAAUUGAUCAAUCCAGGGAAUAUAAAAAUGGUAAUCAACUCAGGGAAUAUCAAUUAGAAGGACUCAACUGGCUUUUGUUCAACUGGUAUAAUAGACGAAACUGCAUUUUAGCAGAUGAAAUGGGUCUUGGCAAAACCAUUCAGUCAAUUACAUUCCUCUACGAAAUCCUUCUGACUGGUAUAAGAGGACCUUUCCUGAUUAUUGCACCACUUUCUACCAUUGCUAAUUGGGAGAGAGAAUUUCGUACUUGGACGGAUAUUAAUGUUGUGGUUUAUCAUGGGAGCCUGAUUAGCAGACAGAUGAUACAGCAAUAUGAGAUGUACUUCAGGGAUUCACAGGGACGCAUCAUUCGAGGAGCUUACAGAUUCCAAGCCAUCAUCACUACUUUUGAAAUGAUUCUUGGAGGUUGUGGAGAGCUUAAUGCAAUUGAAUGGCGAUGUGUGAUUAUUGAUGAAGCACACAGAUUAAAAAAUAAAAAUUGUAAACUCCUAGAAGGUCUGAAACUCAUGAAUCUGGAGCACAAGGUGCUUUUGACUGGUACUCCUCUACAAAACACAGUUGAAGAACUGUUCAGCCUUCUUCACUUUCUUGAACCCUUAAGGUUUCCUUCAGAAUCAACAUUUAUGCAAGAAUUUGGAGAUCUUAAAACAGAGGAACAGGUGCAAAAACUUCAAGCUAUCCUGAAACCAAUGAUGCUGAGACGAUUAAAAGAAGAUGUGGAAAAGAAGUUAGCACCUAAAGAAGAGACCAUUAUUGAAGUAGAACUUACUAACAUUCAAAAGAAAUACUACAGAGCUAUUUUAGAGAAGAACUUUUCAUUUUUAUCCAAAGGAGCAGGACAAACUAACGUACCUAACUUGGUUAAUACCAUGAUGGAGCUUAGGAAAUGCUGCAACCAUCCAUAUCUUAUUAAAGGUGCUGAGGAGAAAAUACUUGGAGAAUUUAGAGAUACAUAUAAUCCAGCGGCUUCUGACUUUCAUCUCCAAGCAAUGAUCCAGUCUGCUGGUAAAUUGGUCCUUAUUGAUAAAUUACUUCCCAAAAUGAAAGCAGGUGGUCAUAAAGUGCUCAUUUUCUCUCAGAUGGUACGCUGCCUUGACAUCCUAGAGGACUAUCUCCUACACAAAAGGUAUUUAUAUGAGCGGAUUGAUGGAAGAGUCAGAGGAAAUCUUCGACAAGCUGCUAUAGAUCGGUUUAGUAAACCUGAUUCAGAUCGAUUUGUUUUUCUUCUUUGUACUCGGGCUGGUGGUCUGGGCAUCAACUUAACUGCAGCUGAUACAUGCAUAAUUUUUGAUUCUGAUUGGAAUCCUCAAAAUGACCUUCAGGCCCAAGCUCGUUGCCACAGAAUUGGUCAGAACAAAGCAGUUAAAGUCUACAGAUUAGUAACUCGUAACUCAUAUGAGAGAGAAAUGUUUGACCGAGCUAGUCUGAAACUGGGCCUAGAUAAAGCUGUGCUACAGAGCAUGAGUGGAAGAGAAAGUAACGUUGGUGGUAUUCAACAGCUUUCUAAAAAAGAAAUAGAAGACCUACUUCGAAGAGGUGCUUAUGGUGCCAUUAUGGAGGAGGAAGAUGAAGGCUCUAAAUUCUGUGAAGAGGAUAUUGAUCAGAUUUUACUACGUCGUACAAAAACUAUUACUAUUGAAUCAGAAGGACGUGGAUCAACAUUUGCCAAGGCAAGUUUUGUGGCAUCUGGAAACCGGACAGAUAUUUCCUUAGAUGAUCCUAACUUCUGGCAGAAAUGGGCUAAAAAAGCAGAAAUAGAUAUAGAUGCCAUCAGUGGCCGAAAUAGCUUGGUUAUUGACACCCCAAGAAUUAGGAAACAAACAAGACCCUUCAGUGCAACAAAAGAUGAAUUGGCUGAAUUAUCUGAUGCUGAAAGUGAAGGAGAUGAAAAACCCAAACUCCGGAGACCCUGUGACCGUUCAAAUGGCUAUGGAAGAACUGAAUGUUUUCGAGUUGAGAAAAACCUGCUAGUUUAUGGGUGGGGCCGAUGGAGAGAGAUUCUAUCUCAUGGACGUUUUAAAAGGCAGCUGAAUGAGCAUGAUGUAGAAAUCAUCUGCCGAGCGCUAUUAGCCUAUUGCCUUGUUCACUACCGAGGUGAUGAAAAAAUUAAAGGCUUUAUAUGGGAUCUCAUCACUCCAACAGAAGAUGGGCAAACACGUGAGCUACAAAAUCACCUUGGCUUAUCAGCUCCUGUACCAAGGGGUCGAAAAGGGAAGAAAGUCAAGACUCAAACAAGCUCAUUUGAUAUACAGAAAGCAGAAUGGCUACGAAAAUAUAAUCCCGAGCAGCUACUUCAAGAUGAAGGCUACAAAAAACAUAUAAAACACCACUGUAAUAAAGUAUUGCUACGUGUAAGGAUGCUAUACUAUCUAAAGCAAGAAGUCAUUGGAAAUGAGUGUCAGAAAGUAUUUGAUGGAGUUGAUGCAAGUGACAUUGAUGUUUGGGUACCAGAACCAGACCAUUCAGAAGUUCCUGCUGAGUGGUGGGACUUUGAUGCUGAUAAAUCGCUCCUUAUUGGGGUUUUUAAACAUGGUUAUGAAAAGUAUAACACUAUCAGAGCAGACCCAGCACUAUGCUUCUUGGAAAGAGUGGGGAAACCUGAUGACAAAGCAGUUGCAGCUGAACAAAGAGCAAAUGAUUACAUGGAUGGGGAUGUUGAAGACCCAGAAUACAAACCUGCACCUGCCAUCUUUAAGGAUGAUAUAGAGGAUGAUGUUUCCUCACCUGGGGAUCUUGUUAUAGCAGAUGGAGAUGGUCAAUUAAUGGAAGGGGAUAAAGUUUAUUGGCCCACUCAAUCAGCUUUGACCACACGCCUGAGACGUCUUAUCACUGCAUACCAGCGAACUAAUAAAAAUAGACAAAUUCAGCAGAUACAGCCAGCAUUCUCAGUGCCUGCCAACAUCAUGCAGCCUCUUUAUGAAGAAACCACCCUCAACCCUAAAAUGGCAGCUAAGAUAGAAAGACAGCAGAGGUGGACAAGAAGAGAAGAAGCUGACUUUUAUAGAGUUGUGUCUACUUUUGGAGUAGUUUUUGACCCUGACAGAGGCCAGUUUGAUUGGACAAAAUUUAGAGCUAUGGCUAGGCUACACAAGAAAACUGAUGACAGCUUGGAGAAGUACUUGUAUGCGUUCAUGUGCAUGUGCCGGAGGGUGUGUCGUCUUCCUUCCAAAGAAGAAUUGGUGGAUCCAAAUAUUUUUAUUCAACCAAUCACAGAAGAACGUGCUUCUAGGACUUUGUAUCGCAUUGAACUUCUAAGAAAAGUGCGAGAGCAGGCCCUUCGCCAUCCACAGUUGUUUGAACGCCUGAAGCUUUGCCAUCCAAACCCAGACUUGCCAAUCUGGUGGGAAUGUGGCCCCCAUGAUAGAGAUUUACUUAUUGGCGCUGCCAAACAUGGGGUGAGCCGAACAGACUAUCACAUUCUACGUGAUCCUGAACUCUCAUUUAUGGCAGCUCAAAGGAACUACAGUCAGAGUAAGACAACUCAUUCAAGGUCUUCUACCCCUCUUUUACAGCAAUAUCAAGUAGCCCUUUCUGCAUCUCCUCUUACCUCUUUACCUAGGCUCAUGGAUGGUAAGGGUAUUAUCCUAGAGGAUAUGAAAGUUAAAAGAGAAAGCUUUAAAGAAGAGCCUCAGUCUUCUGAAGAAGAAUCCGUGUCUUCUUUGGAAACCAGAACACUAAUAAAGUCUGAGCCUGUAAGCCCAAAGAAUGGUGUUUUAUCACAGGCCACAGUAGAACAGAAAUCUGGUGGAAAAGCUGAAGCAGACAGACGCAUGGUUGCAGCCAGAACAGAACCUCUGACUCCAAAUCCAGCUUCAAAGAAACAGAGAGUCCACAAAAGAGGAUCAGAAUCUAGCUCUGACUCUGACUCAGACUCUGAGAGAUCAUCAUGUUCUUCCAGAUCAUCGUCUUCCUCAUCCUCUUCCUCUUCUUGUUCUCACUCCCGCUCAGGCUCUAGUUCUUCUUCAUCCUCAUCUUGUUCUUCAGCAUCCUCUUCCUCCUCCUCAUCCUCCUCUUCUUCCUCCUCAUCUUCUUCAUCGUCAUCAGAAGAAAGUGACAGUGAAGAAGAGGAAAGCCAAAAGCGAGCUAGGCUACUCACAGUCCCAGAACAUCCCAUGCCUGCAGCUCUUCUGGGCAGCCAUCUCAUAGUCCUGGCAUCUCCAUUGGGCCUUCAUGCAGCAGAAGGCACUGCUCACAUAAAAGCCUAUGAUGAAGAAAGUGUUGCAUCACUAAGCACCACCCAGGAUGAAACCCAGGAUAGUUUCCCUGCAAAUAACGGGACCCCAGAAUCUGCUCGUCUCUUACAAGGUGGAUACAUGUUGGCAGCCUCUUACUGGCCAAAGGAUCGGGUGAUGAUCAACCGGUUGGAUAGUAUUUGUCAAACAGUUCUGAAAGGGAAGUGGCCUUCUGCUAGAAGAAGUUAUGAUGCUAACUCAGUGGCUUCUUUCUAUACCACAAAACUUCUGGACAGUCCUGGAGCAGCUACAGAACAUAGCGAGCCCAUUGUGGCCACUCCCCCACGUGCUGGUGUGAAAGAAGAACGUGAGCAGUCGACACAGAUGUCAAAGGUGAAGAAGCAUGUGCGAGAAAAGGAGUUUACAGUGAAAAUCAAAGACGAAGGUGGUUUGAAGUUGACAUUUCAGAAGCAAGGGCUUGCACAGAAGAGACCAUUUGAGAAAGAAGACGGUGCUCCUGGGCAGCAGCAGUACCUCACCCGACUGCGGGAGCUUCAGAGUGCAUCAGAGACAAGCCUUGUCCACUUGCCAGAAUCCGGGCCAGCCUCAGGUACUUCCAUUCAAUCAUCCCUUGGUGCCAAUGGAGUAAUAUUAGAAAACCAGCCUAUUGUAAAAAAAAGGCGGGGAAGGAGAAAGAAUGUAGAAGGAGUUGACCUUCUCUUUUUGAACAAAAGUAAACCACCUAGCCAUCUUACUUUAGGCUUAACCACCUCACAGAUUUCCACAGGGAUAAAUCCAGCACUCUCCUAUACUCAGCCUCAAAGAAUUCCUGAUCUAGAAAGUCCAGUACCAGUUAUUAAUCUUAAAGAUGGGACAAGACUUGCAGGAGAUGAUGCCCCGAAGAGAAAGGAUCUGGACAAAUGGCUUAAGGAACACCCCGGUUAUGUGGAAGACUUGGGAGCUUUCAUUCCACGAGUGCAGUUUCAUGAAGGAAGGCCUAAGCAAAAAAGGCAUCGUUGCAGAAAUCCCAAUAAACUAGAUGUUAAUAGUCUCACUGGAGAAGAACGUGUUCAGCUGAUUAACAGAAGAAAUGCUAGAAAGGUCGGAGGUGCAUUUGCUCCUCCUUUGAAAGAUUUAUGUAGAUUUCUAAAAGAAAAUUCAGAAUAUGGAGUUGCUCCGGAAUGGGGAGAUGUUGUAAAACAAUCUGGAUUUCUUCCAGAAAGUAUGUAUGAACGAAUCCUCACUGGUCCUGUUGUGAGAGAGGAGGUAAGCAGGAGAGGGCGGCGGCCUAAAAGUGGAAUUGCAAAGGCUACUGUAGCAGCAACUGCUACUGGCAAUAAUGUUUCCGGAAACCCUUUGUUGGCCAAUGGAUUACUACCAGGUGUGGAUCUAACAACUCUUCAGGCCUUACAACAAAAUCUCCAAAACUUGCAAUCACUGCAAGUUACUGCAGGACUGAUGGGAAUGCCUGCUGGCCUUUCUUCUGGAGGAGAAGCUAAAAAUAUGGCUGCUAUGUUCCCUAUGCUGCUGUCAGGAAUGGCUGGACUACCAAAUCUGUUGGGCAUGGGAGGAGCCCUAACAAAGCCUACAGAAUCUGGGGUAGAAGAAAAAAAGGGAAAUGACUCCAAGGAGCUAGAAGGAAAAAAAGAAAGGACAGAGAGCCAAAGUACAGAGAAUGGUGGAGAAAGCUCUGUGUCAAGUUCUCCUUCAACUUCCUCAACUGCUGCAUUAAAUUCAGCUGCAGCUGCCAACCCGUUAGCUCUUAACCCACUGUUACUAUCUAAUAUACUUUAUCCAGGGAUGCUUCUCACUCCAGGCCUUAAUCUUCAUAUUCCAGCUUUGUCUCAGUCCAAUACUUUUGAUGUACAGAAAAACAAAAACAAUGACUUAGGUCUGUCUAAGUCUGUACAAGUAAAGGAAGAAGACUCCAGAGUUAGAGAUCAGGAAGAGAAAGGGGCAACUGACCCCAGUCCUCUCAAUGAGAACAGCACAGAUGAGGGUUCAGAGAAAGCUGAUGCUUCGUCUGGAUCUGAUAGUACAUCAUCAUCAUCCGAAGACUCGGAUUCCAGUAAUGAAGAUUGACUUCAAGACUCUGCACUUAAAUUAUGAACUGAUUUAAUUUUUUUCUUUAAUUAUUAAUUGUAAAUAUCCAGUGUUGAGUGCAUCAAUAACUUACUGACCGAACAUUUCAGUUAUUUGUUUAGAAGUGCAAACUGCUUUCAGAGAUGUUUUGCAUGUAAUAUUUCUUAAGAUUCAUAAGUUUCUGAACUCGUAUGUACUAUCAAAUACAUAAAGGUAUAAAAUUACAACAAAAGGCAUUAUAAUUUUGUUGGGGGUUAAUUUUAUGAAAAUUAUGCUCAAUAAGAGUUGUAUAUUUAAUAUAUUUGCAGUGGACACAGAAUACUUUAUGCAUAUUACUGAUUUAAUUUGAAUAUAGUUUUACAGCCUCCUUGACACCUAUAAUUUACAGAUCAAAACUCAGCAAUAAUUUGGGCAGCUAAUGAAUGUCAUGAAAGCUGUAGAAUCUACAUUACCAUCCAUUGCUUUACUUACAUGAAAAUGCUCUAGUGUUGUGAUGCACUGCUGAUGUUUCCAAUUCAGGUACAAAUGUGUUUUAAAGAAGAAAUAAGUUUCCCAACCAGCCAAUUUACCUGGCUACCUACCGUUACCUCAGCUGAGUUAGUUUAGGACGUUUACAUUCGUUUCUAAUUCUGUACUUGUUUUCAGGGGUUUUUUAAACACAUCCUAUAUAUCAUGUUAAUCUGGCAAGGACUGUGACUUGCUUUUUGCUGAGCUUAACUCAGAAAUCAGUAAAAUUAAGUCAUAAAAUAAUCCUGUGUCAUGUGAUUUGGCACCCUAUAUACUUUUCAGAGUUUGGCCUCCUAUUAAAAGUAAUUAUGUCUCAGAUGAGUAAUGUCUGUUUCCAGGGUUCAAAAAGGGCAGAUUCAUGAAAUGCCACUGAAAAGAACUUUCAACACAACAUCCUUCAUGCAUAAGAAGUUGUUUGUUUGCUUUUUUUGUUAGAGAUUUCUGUUUGUGUUUUAUGUCCUGGAAAUAUUCCAAAAUAACAGAUAUUGGUGAUAAAGUAACAUGCAGAUGGUGUGAAUUCAUUUUGAGUUUCUAGGUAUUAGCAGACUAAAUGUUGCCCAGAAUCAGUGUUGGGUUAUCAGUUUAGAAUAAAUACUGAGCUGCCCAUUCCAAAAAUGCACUUUGACUAGUCUCAAAAAGAUGUACAAGUGUUACCUAUGACGUCCAAGGCUUCUGUUCAGUUUCUUAAAACUCUUUAUCAUGUAAAAUUUGCUUGGUAUUUGAUUUGUGAUAGUUUCUCCUGCAAAGCUGCUAUCAUUCUGACAAGGUAGAGGUCUGAGGUUCACCUUUAUAGACAUUGAAAACCAUUAGAACUAAAUCAGACAUAAAAAUUGACUUAAAUUCUAAAGGAGAUAAAUGUUAGCAUUUUUCUGGUACCCAUUUUUAAAGGGGGAUAAAUUUGGGGCAGGUUAUAUACCUAGUUCUCUCCUACAAGAAAAACAACUUUCAUUAUGUUUUGAUAGAGCUGUCAUGAGCUAAAAAACUGCAUUGAGUUUUCCAAGACCUUUACCAGUAAAUUAUGUUUCUGUAUGUAAAAUAACUAACCCCUUAUUAGAUCCAGUGUUAUAUGUAUUUACCAAAUUGUUAAGUUCCAUUGGGAUUGUAUUACUAAUUUUUUGUAUUUUCCCAAAAUAGUACUUUGAAUUGAUAGUUCUUUAUGCAAUGUCUUAGCAAUAGUCACUGUAAUGCCCAUUCAGAGAAGUGGGUAGUAAUAUUUCAUCAUGAAAAUGGUAUAUUACAUAUUUAGUAUGUCCCUUUUCAGUAUUGCACUUUUGUUUAACUAGAGUACACAUAUGAGAUAGCCAAAGUUUUUUAAAUACAAUUAACUUAGGUUAACGGUGGAAUAUUUCAAAACCACCCACAUUUCCCUUCCUUCCUCUGUCUCUGCCCACAUCACCUCUAUUCCUGUCUUUCCCCAAUUACAAAAAGGGAAAAAUAAAAGGAAAGAAAAAAAACUAGAUCUUGACACUAAAAUCUAAUUUAUAGCAAAAUCUAUGAGAUAAAAUAUUUUCCUAAUUAUGGUCAAAUGAAUUUGGUAAAUAUCUUAGUGAUUCUCUUUCUAUGUAAUAAGGCAAUUACAGUUUUCAAAGCAUUAAAGCAAAUGUUAACUUUAAACAUUCUCUUGGAUUUUACAACAUUUUUAUGUUGUCUUGAUUGGGGGAAAGUUUUCCAGGCAUCAGCUAAGAAAAAACAUGCAAAAAUGGUUAUGUAAAAUUAAGAGUUAUAAGGAAAAAAAGAUCAAUAGGAUUACAUAAUAUUAAAGUUGCAGUUGAACAGAUAUCCCAGUAUGUGUUGAUAGUUACUAACGGAAUUAUAGCUGGUAUUGCCUUGUAUUUAUAGCCCUUUUUCAGGUUUCACGAUCCAAGUCUUAGUCCAAUUUUUCUUUUGGACAUUUGCAAUAUUUACCAGUUGUGUUUUGUGUAGUCUGAAUUUGCUUUCUGUAGUUGAGCAAACGUCUUAAAAAAAAAGUCAUUUGUAAUUUAUUAAAUUACUUUCUAUGAUGUUCUAUAGAGCAAAUGGAAGUUUAAUUAUUUUUUAUUAAACAUAUUCUUUGACUACC